CUAAACGUCAUUCUCAUUAUGCUCUCUUUGUUUUUGACGUUUUAAUAACCUUUAAAUAGAUUUUCGAGCUGAAAUAUUUUAGUUUAUAACACAUGUUUUAAAAUAAAGUAGCUAAUGCGUCGCAUUAUUGUAACAGAAUCAAACCAACGUGAUAUAAAAUGGUCGUAGAUCAGUUUCCCAUGUUUAGACUUGCAACAUUACUGGCGCGGCAGCUCAGCUCGCCGGUCGCUACACGUAUCAAACGCUACGCUGUGGGUAAUCCUAAAGUUGGCGGCCGCGUGUGUCGGUGCGUGGCGCAGUCCUAUCACGAGUGUGAGUGGAUGGCUCGGACGUGGGCACUUAAGAUGGCAGGCAUCUCGCUGCCGAAAAAUGCACGCGCGCCACCUCUAAGAGACCAGACAGCUCUAAAUCUCGGAGGAGAUUUACUUGGAAUUAGAUGAAAAAUCCGAAUGGCUUGCGAUAAUGUUGUCACUCGAAGAAAUCCAACGCGAGGUACAACUGCAACAACAGACCAUCGACCGUCUUCACGCCUCGCUGAGAGCGCUGGACUCCCGCUGACCAACACAACAGACUUACAAUUGUGUAUUAUGUUGUUAGUUGAAUAAUUUACUACAUAUAUAUUUUGGAUUGAAUAUGAAUAUGAAAUAAAAUAUACAACCUUAUUCACAAGGAAAA